AAAGCCAGCGACGCUGGCCCCACUCCACUCUGCUUCUACACCGUUUGAUCUUCCUCUUCUGAAAUCGCACGUCCCACAAGUCCACAGUCUCUUGUUGACCCUGCUGGUGUUUCUCUCUCAAACCAAGAACAAAAGGUUCAACGAACACAAAGACCAUACUCAGAGUCGCAGAGCUAUGCUCAGAUACAGAAACGAAAACCGAAGUAUCGGGUGAUGGAGCUGGCCUUAGCAUCUCGAACUUCGAAUCAUGCAGCGGCAUCAGCGACGGCGACAACAACGGCAACCUCUACUGCGUCGUUUAGUGGGAGGAAUGGCGCUUUCUUGAGAUUCAGUGAAUUUCCAGCGAGGAAGAGGAGAUUGAGCUUGAGUGAUGGAAACAUUAAUAGAGUUCGAAUUCGUUGCGCUAAAGCGUCAACGGAGAGAAGCAGCGAAGGGAUAGAAGGACGAAAGAGUACGCAAGGAGGAGUUGGUGGUAGUGGAAGAGCAGGAGGGUUCACGGGAAGUGCGAUGGAAGUUACCACAUUUAAUCAGAGCUUUGGCGACUCUGAGUUCCCUGUUUGGGAGAGGAUAGGUGCUGUGGUUAGACUUAGCUAUGGAAUCGGCAUAUAUGGUGCCAUGGCACUAGCUGGAAGGUUCAUAUGCUCAAUAACUGGAAUAGAUAGCAUGGGAGGUUUUGAAGUAUCCAUAGAUGCAAUUCUUGAAGGGCUUGGAUAUGCAUCGCCACCAAUUAUGGCGCUUUUGUUUAUCUUGGAUGAUGAGGUUGUGAAGUUAUCACCUCAUGCUCGAGCUAUCAGAGAUGUGGAAGAUGAAGAACUUCGAAGUUUCUUUUAUGGGAUGUCACCUUGGCAGUUUAUACUGAUUGUUGUUGCAAGUUCUGUGGGAGAGGAGCUCUUCUAUCGAGCUGCAGUUCAGGGAGCAUUGGCUGAUAUAUUCAUAAGAGGUACCGAUUUGGUGACAGAUGCUCGAGGAAUGGCAUCUCUGACUGGUGUGUUGCCUCCAUUUGUUCCAUUUGCUCAGGCAUUUGCAGCUGCAUUGACAGCUGCUCUUACAGGUUCUCUGUAUUAUGUGGCUGCCUCCCCAAAAGAUCCUACUUAUGUAGUUGCGCCAGUUUUGCAAUCUCGCUCUGGCCGUGAAGAUCUGAAAAAGCUCUUUGCAGCAUGGUAUGAGAGGAGACAAAUGAAAAAGAUCUAUUCUCCUCUCCUAGAAGGACUUUUGGCUCUCUAUCUUGGUUUUGAAUGGAUCCAGACAAAUAAUAUUCUCGCACCAAUGAUUACACAUGGCAUAUAUUCGGCAGUUGUAUUGGGACAUGGACUUUGGAAGAUACAUGAUCACCGAAGAAGACUACACCAGAGAAUCCGGCAGCUUAAAUUAGACGAAAUAGACUCAAGUAGACCAUGAAAGAUCUGUCAACGGAAUAAAUGGCGAGGAAACUUGUAUACUGCAGGUUGAGAUAAUUUGGUAUGGAAGAUACAUUACUGAAGUUUGUAUAAUGUAGAAGUACACUGUAUAGUACUACAUAAAAUUACUGUAGCAAUCAUAGGAAGUAAUACUUGUUGAAAAGUGUAAAUUUCUACACAAGCUAGAGUUUUUUUCGUUAA